GCACGGACACCCCCGGCCGGCCGGACACGUGUGUGCUGCGGCCGAGACUCCUUUCGGAGCGGGGCCAACAGCCGCUCCCUCCUGCCUGCCCAGCGCGGGCUCGGCCGCACCGGGCGCCGCUCCUUCGGAGAGAGGGAUGCUGAGCUCUUAGCAGCGCCGUGCACCUCAGGAUGUCGGGAAUCCCGGAGACCCUGAACCGGCUGCGGGGGAGCUCGCUCCGGAGCCUGGGUGGGACCCUGGACCCCACCAUGGUGUCAGUGCCCAUCGACAUGGAGAAGGAGGAAGUGAGGAUCCUCAAAGUGUGUUUUCACAGCAACAGCUUCAACAUGGGGAAGAACUUCAAGCUAGUGAAAUGCUCCGUCUUGACGGAGAUCCGGGAGGUCAUCCACUCCAUCUUGCUGAGCGGCAGGAUCGGGCCCGACAUCCAGCUGGCCGAGUGCUACGGCCUGCGCCUCAAGCACGUGAAGUCCGACGAGAUCCACUGGCUGCACCCGGACCUGACGGUAGGCGAGGUGCAGGACAAGUACGAGUGCCUGCACCUGGAGGCCGAGUGGAGGUACGACCUCCAAAUCCGCUACCUCCCUGAGGACUACAUGGAGCGCUUCAUAGAGGACAGGACCACCUUACUGUACUUCUACCAGCAGCUCCGGACCGACUACAUGCAGCACUACGCCAGCAAGGUGAGCGAGGGCAUGGCCCUGCAGCUGGGCUGCCUGGAGCUCAGGAGGUUCUACAAGGACAUGCCGCACAAUGCCCUGGAUAAGAAAUCCAACUUUGAGUUCCUGGAAAAGGAAGUAGGGCUGGACCUGUUCUUCCCCAAGCAGAUGCAGGAGAAUUUGAAGCCCAAGCAGUUCCGGAAGAUGAUCCAGCAGACGUUCCAGCAGUACGCCCUGCUGCGGGAGGAGGAGUGCAUCGUGAAGUUCCUCAACACCCUCGCCUCUUUCGCCAACAUUGACCAGGAGAGCUACCGCUGCGAGCUCAUACAAGGGUGGAACAUCACGGUGGACCUGGUGAUCGGGCCCAAGGGCAUCCGGCAGAUGACGAGCAAGGAAGCAAAGCCAACCUGCCUGGCGGAGUUCAAGCAGAUCAAAUCCAUCAAGUGUUGCAGCGUGGAGGAGGGCAGAGCCAUGCUGCAGCUGACGCUCACCGGGACCCCCCAGUCCUUGGCUAUUAAAACCCCCUCCCUGGCUGAGGCGGAGAACAUGGCCGAUCUCAUAGACGGUUACUGCCGGCUGCAGGGGGACCAGGAAAUAUCCCUCAUCGUCCGUCCCAAGAAAGAGAAUGAGAAGAGGGUGAGCCUGCCACAGAUCCCCCCACAGCACAUAGAUGAGAGAAGACCCACGUUAACUGAGAGCUUCAGUGUGGAUUCGGAUAUUUAUGCUGAAAUCCCCGAUGAGGCCUCGAGACCCAAGUCCGGAGCCCAGCAGUACGGGGUCUCCCGAGAGGACGUGACUCUGGGCAGGAUCCUGGGGGAAGGUUUCUUCGGGGAGGUGUACGAGGGCAUUUACACCAACCCGAAAGGGGAGCGGAUCAAUGUGGCCGUGAAGACCUGCAAGAAGGACUGCGCCCCCGAGAACAAGGAGAAGUUCAUGAGCGAAGCCAUGCUGAUGAAGAAGCUGGACCACCCCCACAUCGUGAAGCUCAUUGGCAUCACAGAGGAGGAGCCGACCUGGAUCAUCAUGGAGCUGUACCCCUACGGGGAGCUAGGCCACUACCUGGAGCAGAACAAGAACUCGCUCAGGGUGCUGACCCUCAUCCUGUACGGGCUGCAGAUCGGCAAAGCCCUGGCGUACCUGGAGGCCAUCAGCUGUGUGCACAGGGACAUUGCUGUGAGGAACAUCCUGGUGGCUUCUUCCGAGUGUGUGAAGCUGGGGGAUUUCGGUCUCUCCCGGUACAUAGAAGACGACGAGUAUUACAAAGCUUCCGUGACUCGCCUCCCGAUCAAGUGGAUGUCGCCAGAGUCUAUCAACUUCCGUCGCUUCACGUCCGCCAGUGACGUGUGGAUGUUUGCCGUGUGCAUGUGGGAGAUCCUGAGCUACGGCAAGCAGCCCUUCUUCUGGCUGGAGAACAAAGAUGUGAUCGGGGUGCUGGAGAAGGGCGACCGCCUCCCCAAGCCUGACCUCUGCCCUCCUGUCCUCUACACCCUCAUGACGCGCUGCUGGGAUUACGACCCCAACGACAGGCCCAAGUUCAAGGAGCUGGUCUGCAGCCUGAGUGACAUUUAUCUGAUGGAGAAGGACAUCGCCAGGGAGCAAGAGAGGAACAAUCGUCACCGGCCUCCCAAAAUCAUGGAGCCAACAUCUUUCCAGGACCCCCCUCCAAAGCCCAGCAGGCCGAAAUACAAGCCGCCUCCCCAGACCAACUUACUAGCUCCCAAGUUGCAGUUCCAGGUGCCCGAGGGUCUGUGCGCCAGCUCGCCUACGCUCACUAGCCCCAUAGAGUACCAGUCGCCAGUCAACUCCCUGCACACCCCGCCUCUCAACCGGCACAACGUCUUCAAGCGCCACAGCAUGAGGGAGGAGGACUUCCUCAGGCCCACUAGCAGGGAGGAGGCACAGAAGCUGUGGGAGAUGGAGCGGGCCAAGAUGCGGCAAACGCUCGACAAGCAGCAGAAGCAGAUGGCGGAGGAUUAUCAGUGGCUGAGGCAAGAAGAGAAGUCCCUGGACCCUAUGGUCUAUAUGAACAACAAUUCUCCUCCACUGCUCCCGGAGAAGGAGACCGACUACACCGAGUUUACGGGCCCACCCCAGAAGCCUCCAAGGCAUGGAGCUCAGCCGAUCCAGCCGGCCCCCACCGCCAACCUGGACCGGACGGACGACACGGUGUACAGUAACGUCAUGGAGCUGGUGAAGGCGGUACUGCAGCUCAAGAACGAGAUCUGCCAGCUGCCCCCAGAGGGGUACAUCAUUGUGGUGAAGAACGUGGGCCUGUCCCUUCGGAAGCUGAUCGGCAGCGUGGACGAGAUCCUGCCAGCUCUGCCCAUUUCAUCGCGCACAGAGAUCGAGGGCACCCAGAAACUGCUGAACAAGGACCUGGCCGAGCUGAUCAACAAGAUGCGCCUGGCGCAGCAGAACGCCGUCACCUCGCUGAGCGAGGAGUGCAAGCGCCAGAUGCUGACGGCCUCCCACACCCUGGCCGUGGACGCCAAGAACCUGCUGGACGCUGUGGACCAGGCUAAGGUCCAAGGCAACCUGGUGAAGCUCACUCUGGAGUGAGAGAGAGAGAGACACGCUGCUGGUGGAGACGGGAGAGGAAUCUGCUCCAGAAGGCCCGGCUUUAAAUAUCUCCUCCCGCCUCGAUGUUCCACCCCCCUCCCUGCAAUCGCUCGUGUCUUGUAUAUUGUCGUGUCAGUCUUCUGAGAACAGGGCGGAGACUCCCCUGGCUCCUCCCCCUUACAGGGCAUGCUUGUGGGGAACGCGCUGUCUUCCUGUGCCCCAUGGAAUGUGCUGCUGGGGAUGAGUCUGUACACACAAGACA